AUGUCUGAUAUUGAAGCUCUGCGGACAGAAUGGACGACAUUAUAUUCUGAAAUCCUGCCCCAAAUGGCCAAAUCUGGCGAUCCUGCUCAACCUGUAUGGCCUGUGACUUUUGACCACUGCUUUGCCCGCAUCAUUCUCGACAGCGUAAUAGGCAACAGUCAGCAACCAUGGGACGCGAUAAUACAUAAACCCGCCAUUAGGAACAUGAAUGAGCAACAGUUGCGGGAUGCCAUCGCACUGGGGCAGAAGAUUCGAGCUGGAGAAGUCGACCUUUGUUGCUUAGACGAGGCGAGCCUACGAUGCAGAAGCAAGAACGAAAGAAAGUACGCAAAAACGACCCCCAGCAAAACAGUGGCGCACAGACAUCAACCAGCGUCAACUAUUGCUGGUCGAAAACGGGCCGUAGAAGAGGUUGACCGUCCUGCUGCUCAGUCAACAACGGUGAAAAGCAGGAAGACAGGGAAACAACAAUCAACGCUCAAAUUCCGCCAGUCCGAGACUUCUACAGAAUUGACCAGCACUGCGAACUUUGCUGCGGAGGGCAAGACAACAUUGGCAAAAGCGACCCAAGCAGGCAAGGAAGAGCUAAAACGAACUCUAGAUCGUAUCCAUUCCCAUCCUUCACUGACUCCAUAUCGAAAGAAGCUCUAUACCACACUUCUUUCUGUUCCACGUGGACGCUACACGACUUACGCCGCAAUCUCCGACUAUCUCAAGUCUUCUGCUCGAGCGGUGGGAAACGGGAUGCGCAACAACCCUUUUGCUCCUGACGUGCCAUGCCACCGCGUUUUAGCAGCAGAUGGAAGUAUUGGCGGGUUUCAUGGUGACUGGGGUAAAGAUGGGAAAUAUGCGACCAAGAAAAUUCAACUGCUUCGGAGCGAGGGAGUUAGAUUUGAUGGUCGCGGCAAGGUUCUUGGUAAGCCAUUUAGGGAGUUUCAGCCCUUGACCGAUGUUGAGGGUGGUAUUUUGCUUUAG